GCUUCAUCCAUAUGAUGUUCCCGGGGGCUCAUCGUUUAUCGUUUUGUUUCCCCUUUAUUUCUUUGCCCGUCCUUGCUGAUUUUGGCGCGACCCAACAACCGGCCGCCCGCCCAUCUCUCCUAGAGUCUAUCCCACUUUCUUUGGACGUGCUUCGAUAUUUCAUAUAAGUGUGAAACCGCGCGGCCCCGUUUCUAUCUCCCGUCCCAAGUGCCCCAGUCUCCGCGACUGGACCCGAUGUUUCUUGGAGCGAUAACUUUACUUGCAGGUUUCCUAGCCAUAGAGACUACCAAAAUGGUGUCCCCAAAGCUCGGUGCCCGUUGCAAAGAGAACGUUGUACCUACCUUUUACGUUUCUAGCCUCAUCGAAUUAACAAUCUGGGAUGGAUCUGGGAUAGAGGCUAUUUUGUUUCUCCCUGAGAGCCUUUCACCCCUUCUCAAUUUCACUCUCCGUCUCAUUAUACCCCAAGCCACACAUAGGUACUCUUUUGAGUGUUUGCUCUCUACUCCGUACUCUGUAGUCUGUAUUCAAUCGCGUUGCCUCGGUCAUUAUUCGUACUGUUGUCUCGACCGGCUUACUUCCAUCGUUUCAUCCCUUCUUUUGCAUCUAGCUCAUUGGACCGUCGGCGACCGUGCUCAUCAUCGAGUCUGCUCACCUACCACACUCACACACACCCAAACGCACAUACCGAGUGUCGAUGGAAAUCCGAUCAUCAGAGAAGGCAGAGAAAGUCUGAGGUCUGUUGGUGCACAGUCAGCGGCGCCGCAUCCUUUCCUCCUGACUUGCUUGACAUCUGCGCCUCGGCUGGGUCCUUUCACACAUCCUUCGCUAGUUGGAACCCACGAGCCUCUCUGCCUCUUUUUCUUUUCUCCCUUGUGCCCGCCGUAGUGGUGUAUUGAGUGAGGAGCUGCCUUUCAGCUUCCCUUCCCUUCCCUUCCUUCCCUCCCCAUCCAGCUAUCAAACCAAAAUUACACUUUGUUAGUCCCGUCAUUCUUGCCUCUCCCGUGUCAGACAAGACAAGACAGGAACGAACAGACUGAAAGUGGGCAGGUGCCUUCCUUCCCGUUCCCUCGUCCCUUCCUCGAUGGUUCUUUGGGCCCUCUAAACUCAACAACAAGAAAGGAGGAAAGAGUUCCUUGGCUGCCCCCUUCCUUCCUUCCUUGCCUUUUCUUUCUCUAUCUCUUUCUCUUGCCAUCCGAGGCAAGAGACACCA